UUCUAGUUUACCGAAGAAAAGCAUUCUGUGGAAUACAAAAAGCACGCAAUCGAUGGCUUGCAGCAAGGAAGCGUUGACUUGUCGGUAGAAACGUAUCCAGCCGAUUUGUCGUGUCACACGAUACGAACAAUAUCCUUCUUUCUCGCACUAUACAGCCUAAGUUUAAGAACAACACCCUGCAAUUUGCUCCGCCGAAAACGAAAAGAAUACAAGCGAGAAGAUCGCAGUGAUCGAUCGUUCCGAAAGAGCACGAUGGUCGAAGUUGCUGGCCUUAUGAAAGAUAGUUUGGAUGCGUGCAGCCUUGUCGAUGCCACAGACAUCAUCGACUCCUCUCUUUCCACACUUCGCAUCGAUGAAAACGACGAGAGCAAGAACGCCGACUUUGAAGACUUCAAUCAGUCUACAACUCUCACCAGAGAAACCGUUGAGGAGGCCCAAGCGGCUGCCGCCGAAGCCGUUGCUGCUGCUAUAUCUCACACAGCAGCUACCUCUACUCUUCCCCAUCGUUCUCGCUCGAUUGGAACGGAUCAAAGCGACUUUUCUUCUGCCACGCCGGAUGGUUCAAAGGUUUCUGGAGCCGAACAGCAAUCCAAAACAACAACUACAGACGAAGGAGCCGUUGACACCAGCAAGAAGUACGUCACGCCCAAAGACUUUGAACUCCUCAAAGUAAUUGGAAUGGGGGCUUUUGGAAAAGUUCUGCAGGUUCGAAACAAACAAUCCUCGCAGAUUUUGGCCAUGAAAAUUAUUUCCAAACGACAACUCAAAAAGAAAUCCGGUUACAUCGAAAACGUGCAGGCAGAACGAAACAUUCUCAAGAGGGUCAACCACCCCUUUGUUGUAAAGAUGCAUUGUUCCUUUCAAACUCGAGAAAAGCUUUUCAUCCUCAUGGACUUUCUGGCCGGGGGCGAACUCUUCCUGAGAUUGGGCCGCGAGGGCAUCUUUUUGGAAAAGGAUGCCGCUUUUUAUUUAGCGGAAUUGAUUUCGGGUCUCGAUCACUUGCACAACCUGGGAAUUCUCCACCGUGACCUCAAACCCGAAAAUAUUUUGCUGUGCAACGAUGGGCAUAUUUGCCUUACGGAUUUUGGGUUAGCGAAAGACUUUGGAACGGACUGGAGCGGGCGUGACGGAAGCGACGACCAAGAACGAGCCCGAACGAUUUGCGGCACCCAAGAGUACAUGUAGGUUGGCUUUUAUUGUGUUACAUUGAUAUAUUCUUUGAACCUUGACAUGAUUUUCUUUGUUCUGUCCUCUGUUAAUAAUCGAGUUCUUUUUGUUCUCUAUCUUUGGCGCUGUUCGUAGGGCACCAGAAAUGGUGGCGAACAAGGGAUAUGGGAAAGCAGCCGAUUAUUGGAGUUUGGGAUGCAUUGCAUACGAAAUGUUGAACGGAUUACCCCCAUUUUCGUCGAAGCAAGGUUCCAAGGAAUUGUUCCGCAAAAUUAUGAGCGAAAAGGUUAAGAUGCCACCGGGAUCAACGGCAGCAGCUUGUAAGCUUUUGAAGGGAUUGCUUAAUCGCAACCCCGACAAACGGUUGGGAUCAGCACGUUCGACGAUGUUUGAGGUAGGAGGAGUGGCAGGCUUGAAGCAGCAACCCUUCUUUGCAAAAAUCGAUUGGAUAAAACUCGAUCAGAAAGAAUUGACGCCACCGUAUGAUUUGAACGUUGACCACGAACAUGAUUUGCGAAAUUUCCAUGAAGAAUUUACCGACAUGCCAUUACCACGAUCCGUCAAAGAGAUGGCUAGUGAAAACCACAAGCCACGAAGAAUUGCAUCAGAUACGUUUCGAGGAUUUUCGUUCGUCCAGGACGACUUCAUGCUGCCAUCGCGGGAUGCCAAAGAAAUUGAAAGUUACUGGAAAACCGUUGAAGAAGAUGGUGAGUCCGAUUCGGAUAUGGCGUCGAGCAAAUAUGGCUCGGACAACGAAGCUCCUCCACCGCCUCAGCCAGAAAAAAAGAAGCGUCCUCCUCGCAAACGAAAGAAGAAAAACAAAAACGUCAACUCAGCGGCAUCAGAAACGGCAUCUGUAGACACUACUACAACUCCUCUGCCUAGCGAUAACGAAGGCGAGACGGCAUCUGCAUCUCAAGCUCCUCAACGAGAAGCUUCUAGCGAUGGUCCACCAAAACAAUCUGUUGUAACAUCAGUCCCUCAGUUAACUCCUUCUACAGCCACAAGCAAGAUAUCCUCAAAGACUCUUGCUACUACUAUGGUGGAAGUACCCAAGACUCAACCCGCUCCCAAGCCUGUAGCAAAAGAAAGUUGGCAAUCAGUAAACUCUACUGGGACCAAAAACCGCAACCGAGUUGCGGGGUAUAGCCCCACGACAUCAAAAUCCAACUUCAACUUCACGAAAAAUCGUCAACAACAAUUUCAAUCACCCGGUAUGGCUGCGGUUUCACAAUCUGGAAGAAUUCUUACUCCUCCCACAACUCACAAAGUCCCAGCACCUGGAUCAUGGGCAGCUCGUCUGCACCAGGCUUCUUCGGCCUCACCACACCAUGGUGCUACAAAGAAUGUGAACAGGUCAACAAUAUCUGGUAACAAUGUGCCCAUCACUCCACCAACCCCGCCUUCUCCAUCUAGUGAUUGGCGUACUCAUGCCUCGCCCCAAAUUCAACGUGCUAUAAAACGCGGUUGCCAACAAUCUAGAAGUACGCCACCCAAUUCAGUGGCAGGGUCAUUGCAGUCGGCCAACUUUGGAAGUGCCAACGCGUGGCCUUCCUUAAAAGAUUUUCCUGCAGCUCCUAGUUUGAACUCCUCACCAGCUUCGGCAUCUACUAAACUGACCAAACCAGUGCAAGGUGCCUGGGCGAGCCGUAUUCACAAAUAAUAUAGAAACGUCGCAUUAUACAUUC